AUGUUCAACCUGUUCAAAUCUACCACUACUGAGCCUUCACCCCGUUCCCAAGACCAUACCUGGAACCCCCAAACCAUUACCAUGACUCCACCCAGCAGUCCUUCGGCUCCAUCCACCGAGCAAGUGGUGACAGAUCAACCCGCUCCCCGGGAGGAGAUGCGUAUGCAACUACGCGGAGGCGGAUUCUGCUGUGGAAUGUAA